AUGUCCUUUCACAACCAGUUCGCCGUGGCGGCCUGUAAAAACCAACUCAUACCACAGCAAUUGACCAAUGAUGUCUUCUUCGGGCCUUUGAACUCGCUAUCCCAACACAGCUUCCUCCAAUCUCACAACAUCAAGUUCUUCAUAGCGGUGGGUAUUCCGACCAAGCGUGUUGCACAGUAUUGCAGUGGCAUGUCAGCAGAGCACAGUCUGGUGGUUAAUUUCGACAGCGCUUUCAAUCCCCACACGCCCGCUUCCGCGUCGGAAACUACCACCACGUCGCUGUAUUGCCAAACACAGUCAAAGUCUCUGGCCUUGCUGACCGCUAAAGUCAGUGCCGGAAUGGAAACUACAUACCCCAGCCGCAGUUUGACACCACAGCCAGAACUGGACCAAUCACUCUACUUGCCAGCACCAACGUACAACUGUAACGUUGUAACCGCGCAAGGUGUCGACAAAUUCAAGAUUUUCAAUGAUCUGCUCACGAUUUUCAAACUCUCGAACGCUGGCAAUGUCUUGGUGUUUUCGUCCAGCGGCAAUGAACGGGAUUUAGCUACCGUUUUAAUUUCUCAUAUUCUUCACACAAAUCCGUCAACUUCUCUCAUGGAGGCCCUCCAAUACAUCAAGUCGCUGAGGCCCUCUCUCACCCAGUGUCAGCCAGAGUCACUGUUUUGGAGCGAGGGUCUAACGGAAUUCAAAGACAUACUGAAAUCCCGUUCCAUUUUCGGCACCGGCCCUAUGGCCCCCCCGACCAACGCCGUGUUAAGCCCCAACGCAGUUUGCCUUGCAACCAAGAGGCGGAACGAUAUUACCUCCGACGAUGAGGAUGAUUAUUCGGACUCCACAAACGUGACGACAGGUAGCAUUCAAGUGGACAGAUCUGCAUCUGGAACUCCAAAGGCCCGGAGGAUUGCUACUUACCAAUCAGGCACUAUUGGGUGA